AUGAUGGAGGACCCCAGAAACGCCUCCGAGGUCACCGCUGCCCCCUCCAAUCAGCCUUCAGUGGCCCAGGCGCCACCGCUUUUGCUACAGCUCCCUCCCGAGCUGCAGCUCUACCUCUCCCGCUUCCUCGACCUCGGCUCCCUCAUCGUCUACGCCCGCGCCACUUGCAAGCCCCUCCGCCAGCUCUUCGGCAACUGUGAUCGCCUCUCGCUCUACCUCUUCCCCUCGCACCGCCUCAGCCUCGCGGAAUGGAUGCUGGCAGCGCUGCACCUCGGAGAGCGCGGACUGACCAAGUCGCGCCUAGCCGAAAAGAUGGAGAUGCAGGACCGGUUCAAGGGUUGGCUGGACAGCGACAAGCCUCAACGAUACAUUGUGCAGGCGGCACUGGCGUAUGACGAGUCCCAGGACGACUUCGACCUCUUGCUGAGGAUCCUCUCGUUCCUGGGCGGACCGGAGCAGAGCCCGGGGACUAGCGCUGCACCCAUCGCCGCUGCUGGUCGCGAUCCGGGAGCGAGUGCUGUAGGGCGCCCGACGAUCCGCUCCCUGAGCCUGGUCUGCUGGCACGGCGUGGCCGCCAAGGACCUCAUCCACCUGCUGCGCACGCAUCCGAUGCUCGCCAAUUUACGCCUUGUCAUCAAGACCGAGAGGCUCGAGGGUCGAGCUUGGCGCGAGGCCACCAUGGGCAACGUUGCGACCGACCCUAGCCCUCCUGGCGCACCCGAGCAGCUCUCGAUACGUCCCAAGGUCGAUCGGAUCUCGCAGCGCCGAUCGUCGAUGAUGCUCGGCCAUGGCCAGGGCGAGGGAUCCGACCGCUUCGCCUACGAUCGAUGUACGACGACCCAGACGAUCCUCCAGGUGGGCAAGCGGAGGGCUUCGAGGCCUGGAGAGAAGCUCUUGAAGGGCGAAGGAUUGCAGAUCGGGUUCGAGGGCCUGUGCCUCGAGGAGGCGGCAAUGUACGGCGGCGAUGGAGGUCAUGUGGAAGGCGAUCAUGCUGCUGGAGCGGAGGCAAAGGGACAAGGAACGCGCGCAAAACCGCCCGUUGAUGAUCCCGAGGCGUCCGCGCAACCCUCGAGGCUGCACGUCAUCUUCCAGGGCCGAUACCAGGACGCGAGCGAGGACAGCCUCGAGGUCGACGAGCUCUUUUCGCGCAGCAUCAUCACCUGCAACCACUGCAAGGAGCGCCUCGAGGCUUGA